AAGUUUAUGAUCCGAAUAAUUUUUCGCAAGACUGCUGGCUGAAGGAAAGAUGAAGGCUGCCGUCUUAGGAUAAUGAGAAAUUCUGUUUUUUCAGGUCUAGCUAGUCGGGACUCGAGUCUCGGCGCAUCUCCAGUCUGGUCACCGAUUUCCCUAAAUUGGACCUUCCACGAUUUUGCAGUCUGGUUUCUCAUCCAUAGCGUGGAAAGUGAUACGUUUCCAUGUACAUUGGUGAAGAGAUUCAAUAGCCAGCUGUGGGUGUAUCAUUAUGGUCAGUAAUUCCGCCUGGAGUCAUUAGCACCUGGCCAAAUGUCGCAAGUGAUGGUGUAGUUCAGUUUUGAGCCAACGCAAUGCUGCUGCGUCGUCUCCACUCUGCUCAUCUUCUGCACCGUCUCUGUAUUUCGUCUCUCCCUAUCCCAUUUCAAUCUUCCGCGGCUUUGAGUUGCCGCAGGAGGAGUUUGUAUGCAUGUAGAGCAAGUUUUAGCAGCUCCCAUUCGUCCAUGGAGUUCUCUGGGCAAGAUUCGUCACCUCCCCAGGUAGCUGUCAUUGGUGCUGGAGUAGCGGGUUCAGUAUGCGCCUCGUUACUAGCUGCGAAGGGUUUGGGUGUGAAAGUUUUUGAUUCCGGGCGUGGCCCAGGUGGUCGUAUGUCCCAACGCAGGGAGAAAGUUGAAGAUGGAUCAGAGCUUAUGUUUGAUCACGGAGCUCAAUACUUCACUGUGAAAACUGCGGAAGUUCAACAACUCGUUGAUAAGUGGCAAGCCUCAGGAAUUGUUGCUGAUUGGGAAGGUCGUUUUGGGACCUUGAAUGUCGCAACUGGAGAAUUUGUUGAAGAUACGGAUGUAAAGAAGAGGUAUGUAGGUGUUCCGGGAAUGAAUGCUAUAUGCAAGGCCCUUACGACCUCACCAGGCGUGCAAGCCAAGUAUGGUGCUCAAGUCGUUGGGCUUGACUGGGUGGAAGGUCUGGAUACAUGGAGCUUGAAAUUCAAAGAUGGGGAGAACUUGGGAAAUUUCACUGCUGUUGUUGUGGCCGACAAAGGUGCAGCUAAACUUCUCCUUGAGGGAGCUGGAUUUCCUGAAUGGCAUAAGAAAGUUGCUGCUGUGAAGGCAGCACCUUGCUUUGCUGUAAUGAUGGCCUUCUCUUCGCCUCUUACCUUGAUACCGUUGGAUGGUUUCGUUGUAGAGGGAUCAAAGAUAGUCUCUUGGGCAGCCCGUGACAGCUGUAAACCCGGCCGAGCCAAAACUUCAAGUGAGUGUUGGGUGGUGCACUCGACUGCAGAGUACGCUGCUGGUAUAAUUGCGCAAGCAGGCAUGGGCAAGCCUUCGAAUGAGUUGCUUGCUGCUGUAGCCAGUGACUUACUGACAGGAUUCCAAUCCCUGCUUCCAGAUAUGCCGACACCCAUCUACAUGAAAGCACAUCGAUGGGGAGGAGCAUUUCCAACAACUCCCAUAGCUCCCGAAGAGAAGUGUGUGCUGAUUGAAGAUCGACGUAUUGCUCUAUGUGGGGACUUCUGCGUAGCACCAAAGGUAGAGAGUGCUCUACUUAGUGGAAUGCAGGCUAGUGAGCUUUUAGCAAGUCUUUUCUGAACGAGCAACUUCUUUCAAUUGCAUGAGAAGAUUGUUUACAAGUAAUGCAUCCGAUGUAGAGCUUGAGGACCUGGAAUAGCAGUCUGCAGUCUGUAAAACCAAAGUUAUAUUAUUUGUAGCGUUUCAAGUAUUAGUUGGUGGCUGUCCAUUGUACUCAGUUUUGUAAACUGUUGAGAAUAGGGAUCUCCCUGUUUUUCGAAAUCUUUAGCAUAUUCCAUUUAAUAA